GCUGUCAAAUGGAGAUUAUGUUAUGUAUUGACUGUUAAUGUAAUGCCAGUAGAUGGCGCUGUUACAUCUUAAACUGAGAUGUGUCACUCUGCUCUGCUGAUUAUUGUUUCCCAAGUAUCUGCCUCUCUAUCUCUCUUUUCUCCUAACUUGUUGGCAGUUCAGCCAUGCUUUCCUUCUAGUAAAGUUUGUUCUACUCCCAGCUACUGUGAAUCUUUUGUGUACUACUACAGGGUCCGGAACUUAAUACUGGCGACGUGGAUUGGGAUAUAACCCAUAAAAAAAUCUACAACUACAAGAUUCCAGUGAGUAAAAGGGAACUUAAGAGACUUUAUUAUUUCCAUAAUGGUGUCCCUGGGCCACAUAGAGGAGUUUGACAUUGCCAGGCCAACCUCAUGGGAUUCCUGUGCAGAGAGACUACAGUUCUUUCUAGAAGCAAAUAAGGUGACAGACCCUGUGCAGAAACGUGCAGUUCUGCUGAGUGUUAUAGGCUCAAAGAUUUAUGAGAUUAUUCGCUCUCUGGUAUCCCCCACUAAACCCAGUGACUGCUCAUUUGAGGAAAUUAUUAAGCAGCUUAAAAAUCAUUUUGCACCCACAACAUCUGAAACUGUUAAGAGGUUCCACUUUAACAGGCUCAGCCAGCAGUCAGGUGAGAGUAUUGCUGCCUAUAUAGCAGAGCUGCGCAGUUUGGCAGAAAACUGCAAUUUUGGCAGCAGCUUGGAAUCCUUGCUAAGGGAUCGUCUUGUGUGUGGGGUCAGGGAUGCAGCACUGCAAAGAAGGCUUCUAGCAAAGCACAACCUAACCUUUGCUUUGGCCCAGGAGGAAGCACUUGCUUAUGAGGCUGCAUCUGCACAUUCCAAGGAGAUACAGGCCUCUGCCAGUUCAGUUAUUGCACCAGAGCUGCAUCAAGUGUAUAAAAUGCCAGCAUCAGCACAGGUAUCAGAUCCAGUAAAAUUAAGGUGCCACAGUUGUGGGGGAGGUCACCUGCGUGGAAACUGUAAAUUCCAAAAUGCUGUGUGUCACAAAUGCAAGCGCCGCGGCCACAUACAGAGAGUCUGCCGCCAAGUUGAUAAUUCACAGAGACACAAGCAAGCCAGAGGAACUCCAUCUGGGGAUGCAACACAUAUAGUAAAAAUCCAAAAUGACACUACUGAGAAGGAGGCAGAAAUAGAUAUUUAUGUCUCAGAAAUUAUAAAUAGUGUUGAAAAUGAGCCAAUGCACAAAAAGAAAUUCACUGAUGUAAUACUACAAGGAUCUAAAUGUACAAUGGAGGUAGAUACAGGCUGUGUCUAUUCCUUAAUUUCAGAGGAAACUUUCCAUGCAUUAUGGCCCACUAAUGGCCCACCUAUUUUACCAUGUGAAGUUAGACUUGUGGAUUACAAUAAAAAGCCUGUGGAUGUUGUGGGCGCCUGCUUUGUUAAAGUCCACUAUAGAAAAGACAGAGGAAAACUACGCCUCAUUAUUACAAAAGGACACAGAGCAAGCUUAUUAGGAGUAGAAUGGUUUGAGCCCCUAGGAAUUCAAUUAACUGGAGUAAAUUAUGCAACGACAGACUCUUUGCAAAGUGUCCUCAAAGACUUUAGCAGUGUAUUUGAAGAAGGCCUUGGCAAAUUUAAGGGCUCACCAAUAUCAUUCCUGCUGGAUCCCAAAGUUGCCCCAAUACGCAUGAAGCCACGACCUGUACCAUUUGCUCUCCGUCCAAAAAUAGAUGCCGAAAUAGAUCGCUUGGUGCAACAAGGAGCGCUAAUUCCAGUAACCCGGCCAACUUGGGCCACCCCAAUAGUGCCUGUACUGAAGCCAAAUGGAGAAGUGAGGAUAUGUGCUGACUACAAAUGUACAAUCAACAAGGCAUUACAGGAACAUCCAUAUCAAAUUCCUGCUGUCAAUCAGAUUCUCAGCACCUUGGCUAAAGGAAAGUUAUUUGCCAAACUUGAUUUGGCUCAAGCAUACCAGCAGUUACCGGUGGAUGAUGCAGCUGCUGAUGCACAAACAAUUAUCACACAAAAAGGAGCAUUUAAAGCUACACGGUUGCAAUUUGGAGUUUGCAUUGCACCAGGUGUAUUCCAGAAAUUGAUGGAUGACCUCCUUUCCAGCCUGCCAGGGGUGGUGCCAUAUUUUGAUGAUGUCCUCAUUGGAGCAGACUCUAUGGAAUCAUUAACUGAAAGGGUAAGAGCAGUAUUACAGCGAUUUGCAGAUGCUGGGUUAAAACUUAAGAAGGAAAAAUGUGUUUUAGGAGUACCAAGUGUUGAUUUCCUGGGAUACAAAGUUGAUGCAAAUGGAAUACAUCCAACAAAUGCAAAAGUAAAAGCCAUUCAUGAAGCUCCAGUUCCCAAAAAUAAACAGGAGCUGCAAGCAUUUCUCGGACUUUUAAAUUUCUACCAUUCCUUCUUGAAAGACAAAGCUACUGUGGCUGAGCCACUACACAGACUACUGGACAAAAAUUCUACCUGGAAGUGGUCAGCCCUGCAUGAGCAGUCUUUCAAGGAUGCAAAGAGACUUUUAUCAUCAGACUUCAGAGCAUUUAUGGAAAGUAACCUUAUUCGUCAUGUUACAACAGCACCAUUCCAUCCAUCUUCAAAUGGACAAGCUGAGCGCAUGGUCCAGACUACAAAGGAUGCAUUAAAAAGGAUAAUUGAUGGUGACUGGAAUUAUAGACUGGCAAAGUUUUUGUUGCAGCAGCACAUAACCCCUUCUGCUAGCACUGGCUGCAGUCCUGCAGAACUUUUGAUGAACCGAUGGCUUAAAACCUGUUUAGACAGACUGCAAUCCCGACUUGGCUUCUGAUGUACAAAAUAAACAGGAAGAUAAAUUCCAUAAAAAUGCACAGACCUCCAUAGUGAGGAUGUUUGAAGCAGGCAAUAGUGUGUAUGCCAGAAAUUAUGCACUGGGACCAAAAUGGAUACCAGCAGUCAUUGUUGAAGCGACAGGCCCUGUCUCGUACAAGGUUAAGACUGCAGAUGGCCGUGUUAUUCGAAGACAUGUUGAUCAGCUGCGGAACAGACUAGGGGACAAUGUUUGUCCUAACACAGAGGGUAACCAUGG